AUGAAAGGUGCGCACGUCCCAAGUCGGCAUUUUCCUGCCAGAGACGCAUCAAAUAUUGAUUCUAAUCUUCUCGCAGUAUUGCCCCCCGUCGACAAGCUGCCUUUCGAGCUUCUGUCUUCCAUCUUCGGCAUGCUCAGCCAUGAAACGCGUAACCAUUUAGACCUGAACGGCGCACCUUGGACGGUCAGCAGGGUGUGUAACAAAUGGCGUCACAUUUCUCUCAAUUCUCCGAUGGCCUGGUCGACUCUCAAUCUCACCGACGACGUCCGAAAUAUUUACAAUGCUCACGUCCUCCUCCGACUUUUUCUUGCUCGUUCCCAAUCUUCCCCUCUACACAUUUCCGUCUGCUUCUUCACCCGUGGCUGCGAACAAGUAUUCGGGGAGGUGUGGAAGUCAAGAUCUCGUUGGGAGUCAGCUAUCAUUCGCGCGAACUAUUAUGUGGACUUUUAUUCUGAGAAUAAUUUGGGUCGAGACGUUUGGCGUGCUCUCGGGGUAGCCGCAGAGUUGGAGAAUUUGCGCUCACUACAGCUGGAUAUCCCAGCACGGAUCGAAGAUAAGUUCCUCGAGAUAUUGGUCAGUGCACCGCUACUUCAGAGUCUUGUGCUGUCUCCUCACAUGAACCCAUCCUUUCCUCUUGGGACUAUUCGAUCCUUGCAUUGUCGACCGUCUAACACGGCCGAUUUCAUUAAAGUCCUCCGAGAUGCAAAGCAUCUCACAGAGUGCUCCUUCGAUUUCAACGGAGAUCUCAUAGGAUUAUCCUCACCUGAAGUCACUCACUCCGGUAUCCGCAAGCUAUCCACAACUCAUGCGUCAAGAGCAUUCGAUAACGUCACACUUUCCAAUUUGGAGGAUCUUUCGGUUGUUUACGGGUGCGGAGGCACAGGCGGACUAGAGCCCCUUGUUGGCCUGGUGUUGCGAUCCCAUAAACCCUUGAAACGACUCGAGUUGAAGUUUACGUUCAAGUUGGGGGAGUUUCUUCCUCUUUUAGAGGCGGCUCCCUCGCUAACAUCCUUGAUCCUUCGCCGUGUUCCCCUGUCUGAGGUGAACCCCAUCUUGAACGCCUUGACUUGGAGGGAUGACAGCUCCACCGUCGUCCCCCAUUUAAAGGAUGUGACAAUUGAUUUCCAUGACGAUAGAACGAAUUUUUGGGUCGACAGCUCAACCGAAUGAUUCAUUCGCGCAAGGAGAAACUGGACGCGUUCAGGCUCAUGUUUCGUAGUAUUCUCGUAGUGGAGGUGUUCGGAACAAGGACGCUAGCGUCACUGACUGAGGAAACGAUGCAAACAGAG